AACAGAGAGGUGGGCAGACUUUCUGUCCCGUUCUUGAUCACCUUUAUCUAAGGUAUAAUCCACAUGCACGUGUCAACUCAUUGCGCGCUCUCUCACUCUCUCUCUCUCCAACCGCCUUCGUCCUCCCAUCACACACUGACACACGCACGCACACGACGGGGAGUCUAUAUAUAUCCACACGUACGCGUACACCCUCACAAAAUACCCAAAACUCGUAUCAUCAACCGAAAAUGCUGAGGCUCACCUCGAAGAAGCUCCUAGGAUUAGGGGGGGCCCGAUCCCCUGCAUCAGCGUCGAAGCUCAUCCUGCCGCGGCUCUACCACGAGAGGGUCGUCGACCACUACAACAACCCCCGCAACGUGGGGUCCUUCGACAAGAACGAUCCCGCGGUCGGCACGGGCCUCGUCGGCGCCCCGGCGUGCGGCGACGUGAUGAAGCUCCAGAUUAGGAUCGACGAGGAGACCGGGAAGAUCAUCGAUGCCUGUUUCAAGACCUUCGGGUGUGGGUCCGCUAUUGCAUCUUCAUCCGUAGCUACUGAAUGGGUGAAGGGGAAGCAGAUGGAAGAGGUCCUGGAUAUUAAGAACACGGAGAUUGCAAAACAUCUUUCUCUCCCACCGGUGAAGCUACACUGCAGCAUGCUCGCCGAGGAUGCAAUUAAGGCUGCUGUCAAAGAUUACAAUUCCAAGCAAAAAUCAGGUGCUAAUACAGAGGCUACUACACCCGCUGAGAAGGUGGCUAAUGCUUGAUGAUGUUUCUGAUGAUAAUCCAGGGAGUGCGGUUGAAGCAAGUCUUUGACCUUGACACCUCGCGGUGUUAAUAAAACGAAGUAUUCUAUGUAGAAGUACUGUGAAUAACUUUUGGUUUUUUCUUUGCUGUAAGUUUGAUUUGCCACUCUAAAGAUGCUUUCCUAUGUCAUGUAAGUAUAUUAAAGCAUCUUCAAUGAGGGUGUCAUCUUGUGUUGUACUAUUUAGCUUUACUUUGUGGUAUAAGUUUGGCUACAUUUACUAAAA